AUGGCAUUGUCGUCAAGUGCUAUGAUGGGGUAUACCGCAGAGUAUUUCCUAGGAUAUUUACCUAUUCUGCAGACUACCCAGAAAAAUGCCGCCAACAGAGUUCUUAUUGCAACCAUUCGUGAUAAGGGAAUUUGCCCAUGCCCACGAUGUCUCCUCACAAAAUCAUAUUUUUGGCACAUUGGGCUCAUCGCUGAUAUGUCAGCAAGAGUUUUAAGAGUACAACAAUAUCUUGGAGACAAAAUCACCAUUGCAUGUGAUGCCAUCUACAACUUAGGCCUCCCUAUCAAAGGUGCUGCUGUAGAGUGUCUUCUAAAAGAGUUCUCCCUUGUUCCUACCUUUAAUGCCUUUGCGGAUCGGCUAGGCUUCCUUGGUUUUAAUUUUUUCCCAAUGCUCAUUGUCGACCUUUUACAUGAGUUCAAACUGGGCGUAUUCAAGUCCAUUUUUAAGCAUCUCAUCAGGCUCCUUUAUGCCAUAAAUCCCGAAACAAUAACUGUCCUGAAUGAAUGCUUCCGCUCAAUCCUUUCCUUUGGCAGGGGUGCAAUUCAGCAUUUUCCAUCCAGUGUGUCAGAUGUGCGGCAUAGUGCUGCAUGGCACUUCGAGGACAUUUUACAGUGCACAAUCCCUGCAUUCAAAGGGUUAUUCCCUGCACAGCAUGACAAUGUUGUCUGUCUUCUUCUUUUUCAACUGGCUGAAUGGCAUGCCUUGGCCAAGCUUCAGCUUCACACGGAUGAUUCGCUAGCUCGACUCGAUCAGGCACUGGAAGGUUUAGGAAAGCAACUUCGAAAAUUCCAGCAGUUUACAUGCUUGGCUUUUCAGACUGUAGAACUUCCACAUGAAGUUGCUGCACAUCAGAGGAGGCAUGAAGCUAAUCUAAAGUCCACCAAUGGGGGAACAAGAUCAUUGGGUGCUCAUCCCAGGACUUUCAAUCUCUCAACGUACAAAUUGCAUGCGCUUGGUGAUUACGUGGGCUCCAUUAGACUAUUUGGAACAACAGAUUCAUAUAUGACUCAGAUUGGCGAGCUUUCCCACUGUCUCAUAAAAAUGCUGUAUCAAAAUACAAAUAAGCAAGAUGUCUCGAAGCAACUUGCUAAACAGGAAAGAAGAUGUACUCGCAUCCACCGGCAGCGGCAAUCUACAGCCCCCCUCCAGGAUAUACAUACCAGUGACCUACUGAUCGAGGCUCACCACUUUAUGUCCAAUACAUCCAACUUCCUGAAUCUAGCCCAUUACCUGAGUGAACACGAGGGUGAUCCAGCUAUCAAGGUCUCCCAAGCCAAGUGCCUCCAAAUCAACUACACGAUCUAUGAUGUCCAUCGUGAUCAAGAUACCCUGAAACCAGGGUAUGGUGGUGUUGUAAUGACUUUGUCGAGAGAACAUGAUGGUGACACUCAUCCAUUUUGGUAUGCCCAAGUUUUAGGUGCUUUUACCAUACAGGUGCUCCAUGUUGGCCCUGAUGUUCAUAAUCACUCACCUCAGUCCAUGGAAUUCUUGUGGGUUCGAUGGUUUGGUGUAGUCCCAUGUUACCACUGGAGCAUCAGGGAGGGUCAUCUUCCGAAAGUUGGAUUCAUACCGGACUCACCCUCUGCAUUUGGUUUCCUUGAUCCCUCUGUUGUUCUUAGAGCCUGUCAUCUUAUCCCUGCUUUGCUGAUGGCUGCAUGGAUGCUCUUCUUUGGCAUGGCCCAACUGUUGUGCGACCAUUCGGAGAACCGCAUUCCCCCUCCCCCUCCUCCCCCUCCUCACCUUCUCGUCCCCCUCAUCCCCUCUUGUCACCCUCCCCCUCCUCCCUCCUCCUCCUCUUCUUCCUCCUCCCCCUCCUCACCUUCUCAUCCCCCUCCUCCCCCUCUUGUCACCCUCAUCCCCCUCUUGUCACCCUCCCCCUCCUCACCUUCUCGUCCCCCUCAUCCCCCUCUCAUCCCCCUCUCGUCACCCUCCCCCUCCUCCCUCCUCCUCUUCUUCUUCCUCCUCCCCCUCCUCACCUUCUCAUCCCCCUCAUCCCCCUCUCAUCCCCCUCUUGUCACCCUCCCCCUCCUCUGUUAA